AUGAUUAUAUUUUUUUGUUUUUUUUUAUUGCAGAAUCAUAAUUUGCUUUAUAAUUUUAUAAUACCUAAUCUACUUUUCAGUCAUGAACGAAAGAAGAUGUAUUGGGAGCAGCUGGAACUCCGUUGCCGGUCUUUGUAUAGACCUCCAACAGGACAAGCUGCCCCCGCUACUGGGAGACCUGCACAGAACAACUGCAGUUGUUGUCCGCAGUGUCAUACAACUCAGCCUGCUUGGGACUUCAGUUUGCAACAUCGAUUUUGGGCGCCUGGUCGUAUAGGAAACUUGUAUUCGCCAAAUCCAGGCUCAGGAAGAAAGACUUCUCCGUGGAGCUGGUUCCCAUGGCCGAGGGGAAAUAGUCAAAAUUCUCGUUGCCGCAUGGAUGGCGUUCCACAGUCGGGUGACAGCGCUUACGGAUUCUGUGAAACGGAACAAGCUCAAAACCCGCCUCAAUCUUACGAAGAACGAGCUUAUCCCAACUUCAACCAACCCUUUCAACGGGGACAAAACUCUGGCACAUUCCCCCAGACGUCCCAGUUCGAAUCCGCCCAAUUCAGUCAGUCGGCUCAGUUUAGUCAGUCGGGCCAAUUCGCUCAAAGUUCCCAGUUUCAACCGCAAAACUUUCAACCGGGGCAAAUUGGGUAUCAAGAAGGCUUCUCUGAAGGCAAUACCAGUUUUGAUGCCCAAACUGGAGUUUGGGGACCUCCCCCACCGUACAGCCCUCAAGGAAGGAGUGGCAGCCGACACCAUCUCCAUCACCAAGAUCCAGCUACAACGACCCUUCUUCAUCACCAUCACAUAGACGUACACAGAACCAUAAACCCACACGAACUGACAAACUUACAGCCGCACACGUGUACGAGAAGCUCUUAUCACAGCCAAGAACGAAUCAACCCGGAAUUAGUCAGAAUCAACCCCGACUUAGUCCGUAUCAACCCGGAAUUAGUCAGAGUGAACCCGGAAUUAGUUAGAAUGCACCCGGAAUUGGCGAGACUGAAUCCGGAAUACAGACUAAAUCAAGAAUUGCAAAUGUAUCCUCAAGAAGAAGGCCAGGAGAGGUUUAACACCUUGCGGGGUCAUUUGGUCCCAUACAGGAACUGUCCCCGGUCCUUGGGGCUCAGUGCUGGGAACAUACAUCGGGAUUGCAGGGAUGAUGUAAUGGAGUGUGUUCACCAGAAAAGCUGCAGUAAAGUUUCAGAUCAAAGCGGCGACUCUUGUCAGAAACAAGGCAAGGAAAAUUUGGCUUUUCAAAAUGAUAAACAAUCUCCAAUCAGGUCUUCCAUGCAAGACUGUCACCGUGGAGUGAAUCAGAACACGGAGUCUGAAGUUUAUUUUGCCGACGUGUCCAGUUGCUGUAACGCGGAUUGUUGUGUAAAUCCGAACUUAUCAGCUCUAGUUGGGACAAUAGAGAAUCACCCAGAAUCCACUUCGGAAUCAGACACUGGGUCAUUUACCUUAACAAGACAGCAGCGGCCACAACCGCAAGUCGGUUCCAAACGUAGGCCAAGACAAACAGACAAGAAGUCAGAAAAAAUGCGUCCGGAUUUGAAUAGUUCCAUUCGUUUGACAGAACAACAGAUUGAACAACUAAAUAGUUCUUUGAGGAUGAGUGAUCGAAAUAUUGAGAGAAUUGAACGAAUCGAUUCUAGAGACAGAUUACACGAUAGAAGUGACAGAAUUAACGAUUCCAGAAUUGAUAGGAGCGACCGAAUGAACGAUUCCAGAAUUGAUAGGAGUGACAGAAGUAACGAUUCCAGAAUUGAUAGGAGCGACCGAAUGAACGAUUCCAGAAUUGAUAGAAGCGACAGAAUGAACGAUUCCAGAAUAGAUAGAUGUGACAGAAUGAACGAUUCCAGAUUGGAUAGAAGUGACCGAAUGAACGAUUCUAGAGCUGAGCGUUGCGAUAGGCACAACGAUUCUAGAAUUGAAAGAAUGAACGAUUCUAGAAUCGAUCGUUGUGAGAGAAUGAAUGAUUCUAGAAUAGACAGAAGUGAUAGACUGAACGAUUCAAGGAUUUCAAGGGUUGUCGAAAGAAUCGAUAUGGAUGCGAGCGAUUCGAGGGACAGGCUGAACGAUCCUCGAGUCGAACGUAUCAGUGAAUCGUCGAGAAUUGACCGAAUGGAACGAACGAAUGACUCAAGAGACCGAACGAGCGACAUAUUGAAUGAAUCGAGAGGGAGCCGAUUUGAAGACAGACGAAUGUCAGAUUUGAACUCCAGCAUCAGGCUCGAGGGAAGUCCAAAAAUGCGUCCGCACAUAAGCCCGUUAAAGAUUAAACGCAGUCCUAAAACUCAGAUAGAAAGAGAGUUUGCUCCAAUAAUCUCACCUUUGUCGCCAAACACAGACGAGUCGUUGUUGUCUGAUGAAGACGGACGUCCGGAGAUAGUUUAUUCAAACGAGCCGGAGGCAAAAUGUCUUGGUCCUGAUUCACAGUACGAGCCCGAGAACAUAAAUAAGGAAGAGUUGAAAACAAACCACCACCAUUGCUACAGCGACACAAAUACUAUGGAUUCGGGAUGGCAAAGUGGUUCCGAGAAACAAGUAACUGAUUAA